CUGCAAUGGGUCCAGCUUCGGUGACAUUUACAGCCUCAAUGAAACUGAAGCUGAAGACAUGGAUAACUUCAGGAGCUUUGAAAACACCUCCAUCUUCAAUGUCUCUACCUUCCAGUACUUGAUUGUAGCCAUUUUCUUCUUCAAAGGAAAACCUUUCAAUUGCACCGAGGAAGCAGAGUCUAGGGACUCUGAGGUAGGCUCUCCUUUCACUGGGCACGUCCCACUGAAAGAAGGGUCCAGAGAAGACACAAUAUAUGGUGGAGAGACUAUGUCUCUCAGCUGGCCUGGCAACACUUUGGGAUCCCCCCAGAAAAGCGAGACAAAGUGGCUGGGAAGACAGUUUUGAUUAUGCAUGGAUGGAUGGAUUGAUUGAUUUUGCAUUGAUCUCAAUUUUCUCCUGAGCUGAAUGAGUGUUCCUUACUUUUGUGUUUCUGUGAUAUAUUUCAGGGCCUUUUAUAUUGACCUGCUCAAUUCUGUAUGCUUUUCUCUUGUUCGUCCUUCUGAAUCCAGUUCCUUCUAUGGACAACCUAUUUCAGAUUGCAUGUAUUCCCUACGACUGGCACAUUACACUCAUCAUCAUUGUUUCUGAGCAUGCUGCCGUGUCUUUCAGAUUGGAGAUGGUGAAUGACCGUUGGGGCUCAGCCUUCCUCUUCUGGAUCUUCCGUCGGCAAAACCGUCCUCCAAAGAGGAAAUACAAGUGUCUGGCUCUGAAACAGCAGGAUGAGGCUGACUGGCCUCCCGCGCCCUCCACUACCACCUAUGCCAGCACGGCUCAGUAUCACAUCUCAGUCCCCUUUUGAAACCAACAAAUAAAU